AUGGCUGAUUUAGGUGAGGAGUGCAUUCUAGGUCGAUUGCUUCCAUAUAGGGAAGGAAGAUUGCUUGCGGGUUUGGAAGGGACAUUCCCGUUUGGGAGGAAAUCCCUCACAGGUGAUGAAAAUUUUUUGAAUUUGAGUUUUGACCAUUCCAAAGCGUUAGAUUUAGGCUAUAUAUCUCCGAAACUACAUGAACUUCUCAAACUUCUCCAAUCAUUUGGAGGAGCUAAGGAAAUCCUAUGCCUUGUUUUUGUUCAAAGAAUUAUUACAGCUAAAGUGAUUGAAAGAUUAGUGAAGAAAUCAUCCUGUUUAGCUCAUUUUAAAGUUUCAUAUUUGACGGGGAGUAGCACAUCGGUUGAUGCACUGGCACCAAAAGUGCAAAAAGAAACCUUGGAAUCAUUUCGCUCUGGGAAGGUCAAUCUAUUAUUUGCUACUGAUGUGGUUGAGGAGGGAAUUCAUGUUCCAAAGUGUUCAUGUGUGGUGCGCUUUGAUCAGCCUAAGACUGUCCGUAGUUAUGUCCAGUCCCGUGGACGAGCUCGACAAACUAAUUCACAGUUUUUCAUCUUGCUUGAGAGGGGAAACAUGAAACAUAGAAAUCAACAUUUUGAUCUCAUCAGGAGUGAAUAUUCAAUGAUGGAUACAUCUAUAACCAGAGAUCCCGAUACAUGUAAUCUUAAAGUAUUUACUUUUGACGAUACAAAUUCAUACAUUGUGGAUGCAACAGGGGCAUCGGUUACUGCUGAUGCUAGUGUCAGUCUCAUACAUUGUUAUUGUGGAAAGCUCCCGGGUGAUAAGUGCUAUGUACCAAAGCCCAGUUUCGACUUUUCCUUUUCUGGAGAAACAUAUGAAUGUAAAUUGACAUUGCCUGCUCAUGCGGCUUUUCAUUCAAUAGUUGGUCCCCCAAGUAAGAAUUCACAUUUAGCAAAGCAGCUUGUAUGCCUUGAAGCAUGUAAGAAGCUACAUCAAAUGGGUGCUUUGAAUGACCAUCUCUACCGUCAUUGAUGAGCUUUGGAAAUGGGGCCAGAUUAGAAAGGAAGAAAUCAGCUUCAGCAGG